UCAUAGUGCCAUCAGUUAGCUAGCAGCGACUUUUUAGCAGUUACGCAGCUGGGAACGCAGCGCGUAAGAUGACAUAAUGGUGAAGUGUUUCAGAUAAAAGUGGAAAUUCCCACAAAAGCGGACCUAAAUAGGCAGCAGUGUUUCAGAGUGCAAUUACGGUGCGUGUUGGAAACGAAUGCCUAAUUAGACUGACACGGCGCUCACGGAGGAAAUAUCUAGAAAGCAGUAGUUCCUAGUGAAGUAGCUGAGAAAUUGCAGCCAUUUUCGCCGGUCAAAAAGGACGAACGCCAACGCGCAAUUAACUGUCCUGUUCGCUAAAAUAACGUUUCAGCUACUGGCUAGUGUAGCUCUAGCUAGCUAUCAGAAUUCACUCAACCACUGUUGCUAGCGAACAGCUAGCUAUUUAAACUGGAAACGUGGAUAUUAUGAAGAGUCUUCCGUAUUUCUGUCGGGGAGAGGUUAUUCGAGGAUUUGGCCGCGGAAGCAAGGAGCUGGGCAUCCCCACUGAAUGGGCUGAACGCAGUGGCGCGCAUACGCGGGUGACCUCUCAGCUGCAGCCCGCCAGGUUCGCGGCGUGGGGGGCAGCCAGAGCAAAUUUCCCGGACUCGGUGGUGGAGCACCUCCCAGCAGACAUUUGCACGGGGAUCUACUAUGGCUGGGCGUCUGUGGGGGGCGGAGACGUGCACAAGAUGGUCAUGAGCAUCGGCUGGAACCCCUAUUACAAGAACACCAAGAAAUCCAUGGAGACUCAUAUCAUUCACACGUUUAAGGAGGACUUCUAUGGGGAGAUCCUGAGUGUGGUUAUGGUGGGCUACAUUCGCCCAGAGAGGAGCUUCGACUCACUGGACGCCCUCAUCACGGCGAUUCACGGCGACAUCGAGGAGGCGAAGCGGAGGCUGGACCUGCCUGAGGACCGAAAACUGCAGGAGGACAACUUCUUCAGGACAUUCCCCAAGCAGAUCAUGAAUGGCCACUGACCCCCGGUCCCGCCCCGCCCCUCUCCCCAGCAUCGGAAGCUGUUGAGCUGUCUGUUACACUCGUCCAGUGUAGUUAUUCAUAGUUACCUUUUGUUUUGUUUUUUUUAGUAAAUGCAACUCUCUUAAAAUAUGCAUCCAGCUGCUGUUGUGGAUGGAGGAGGUUCACUGAGGUCCGUUGGGACCUUUUCCUCUGCUUUUGAAACUAGGCUUGGACAUUAGCGUGGAGCACUUACUGUCUGUGAAGGUUGUAGUCCAGCCACUCCAGUUUAGAGUUAAUGUUGACAGGACGUCGAGAGCCAGACUACAUCUGAAUGGGAACCUCACUUGAUCCGAUAACUUUUUUGUUUUACGUUGUCGCCGUGUCUGUCCUUCUUGGUGUGCAUGUCCAUUCAGUCCCUCUCCAGGUAGAAUCCAUGUUGGGUUUUUGCUUGUGCUGGUGCACCCUUCUGGGGUGUCUCCUCCUGGUGCCCAUUUGGCUUCAUCCCCCUCUCAGGGCCCAGAUCCAGGGAAAGGCCCCUCUCCUCCUUUAUGCUGAUCAGCCAAUCAUAUGCAGGGCAGUUUAGUUUAUUGACAGUUGGUGUUUUGUGAAUGUAAUUGUUUUUUUCUGGGCAGUCUUUGUGGUCACAUGUUUAGGCCAGUUCCAGUCUGUGCUCAUUGGUUUUUACGUGUACCAGAGUCACAUGACUAAGGCAGUUAAGUGUGCACUGAACUCUUAUACUAUUAAUUUAUUAUUUUUAAUUUAAUAUACAUAAAAAGCCCUUUGUCGGGGGGGAAGCUGACUUACCAGAGGGGUUGAGGUCUAAAUUUGAUGACCCGACUUGUGAACUGUCUGUAGGUGGGACGUGUAUGAGAGAUUGGCGAGUUUACCUCACUGUAAAUAAUAAUUAAGACAAUUUGCGAAGCGAAUUUGGGUUUUUAUCUUGACGGUCUUGGUAUGUAUUUGAGUGCUAGAAUAUUAUGGAGAGUUCGGUCGUGCUCUCAGCUGUAAGCGUUUGUAUUUUUGUAGAGUGCGGGAGUUACGGAGGAGAUCAUAUCCCGAUUGUAAAUAGCUGUACGUGGAAUAAUUUGUGCUGAACAGUAAUAUGUGAGAGUAAUAUUUAAUGCAGAAAGAGGAGUUUAAAAAUAGAGUUUAAGAGACUUGUGAUGCGGCGUGCGAGACGCUGACACCAUGAAUCUGUGGAACGGUUGUCAUCUUUACUGAGCCACUCGGCGUCUGCAGGGUGUCCACCAUUUGGUGCCUUAGAGACGGUUUGGGGCUGUGUUCCAAAGACCAGGGGCCUGUCCUGUUUAAAGACACAGAGGCAUCAUCUCCAACCACACUACCGACACUACCACCACACCAAGCCCACUCACUAUAACCAAUAAUACGAGUACCACACCAAGCCCACUCACUAUAACCAAUAAUACGACUACCACACCAAGCCCACUCACUAUAACCAAUAAUACGACUACCACACCAAGCCCAGUCAUUAUAACAAAUAAUACAACUACAACACCAAGUUCACUCAUAACCAAUAAUACAACACCAAGCCCACUCAUUAUAACCAAUAAUAUUACAGCUACAAGGCCGAGCUUACUCACUAUAACCAAUAAGACGACUAUAACAGCAAACCUACUCACUAUAACCAAUAAUAUUACAACUAUAACAGCAAACCUACUCACUAUAACCAAUAAUAUGACUACCACAUCAAGCCCAGUCAUUAUAACCAAUAAUACUGCUACAACCACCCCCCCAUUUUCACCAAGCUUUUCUGUACUGCAUUAAUAAUUCAUGGCACAAGUAAUCUGCAUAUUUCAUAUUAAUAACCAGUAACCUAGAAAACUGUAAGCGCUGUCAUGCAG